AUGAAUAGAUUGCAGAACAUAGUGGAUUUCUGCAUCCGCCACCAAACCAUUCUGGGUUACAGCAUCGUGUCCCUGCUGACAGCUGCCUGUGAACCGAUCUUCUCAUCUGUGGUGUUCAAGUGUCCGUGCAAUUCUGGGAACAUGCUGUAUGGUUCUUCCUUCCUCUUAGUACCUGCCUUCAUCCUCUUUCUGCUUGGCUUCAUGGUGAAUGCCAGGACAUGGCGCCUGCUGACAGGCAAGUGCUCUCCAGAGAAGCACCACCAAUGCAGUCCCUGGGGAACCUGUGCCCGCUUCUGCCAGGUGUUGGUGCCAAUGACAGCCAAAGCCCUGGUGGCCCCGCUCACCUGGAUAGUGGUGGCCCUGCUCGGAGCCAACUUCUACGAGUGUGCAGCCAGCGGGAGCAGCCUGAUGGAGUGGUACUUCUGUAAAGAUAAUGGAACUGAGUGCCGAAAGCUGCUGCUCAAAAUGCCCUGUGAUGUGGAACUAUCAGCAAAGCUAUCAAGUGAACAGCUCAGCCUUCAUGCACAGUCCCAGCUGAUAGGAUGGUUCCUGAUAGCCAGCAUCAUGACUGUGGCACUGAUUUCAACAUGUGUCAGCCGCUGUUGCUCCCCGGUCAGCUAUCUUCAGCUCAGGUUCUGGAAAAUUUACUCAAAAAAAGAACAAGAACUCUUUCAGAAAAAAGCCGAAGAACAUGCAACCAAGCUGGCAGAAAGAAAUACAAAUUGCUUUUUUGAAGCCACUGACCCAGCACCAUUUCAUACUCCCAGCAACGAAGACUGGCAGAAGAUUUCAAUCUUGUAUACCUUUAAUUCACAAGAGCAGUUUUACAGCAUGAUCCACAAGUACGUGAGCACCAACAGAGGCAACAGCGCCAAAUUCAAGGAAGAAGGUCAGGAUCUCACUGUGUUAGCAUUUGUGGAUGAAGCCCAGGCAAGUGUUUCUGGGUUGUAGUGAACCAAAUCCUGCGCAAUGCUGGCAGUCUUUUAACCCUACUGAUAUAAGAAGAGUCUUAUUCUCUGCUUUUACCCAAAUCCAUGCAAACUGAGGUGAAGGCUGUUGUUGUGACCCUCAGUAGAUUUGCUUUUAAAUACAUUUUAAUCCUUUUGCUUAACUACAUUUAAAUAGGAGUUUUCUUCUGUUAUUGUCCAUUAAGAAGAGUCAUAUGUAAAAUAAUCAGCAUCCACAAAGAUGUCAGCAUGUAUUAUGUCAUAUUAUUACCAAAACCCUAAAAGCAUUUAGCAGGUGAAGUGACAAUACCAAACCUUAUCAAAGAGACAAAAAGUGGAAUGGAAGAUUUGGUCAGAAAUUCAGCUUUGUCUCUUUACAAUAAAGCUUUCAGUGAUGCCUACAGCAAGCUGUAGAUUUAAAAAAUCUAGCUUGUCUUGAGGGGAUAGGCUCUUGCAUGACAUUAUGGUGUAAGUAAAGCUCCUAUAUUAACAAACAUUAAAAGCACAUUCACACAUUUAAGGACAUUAAAAAUCUGCAAUCCAUAUUAGCAAGUUGUAAUAUUCUUGUCA